AGAAUAGUUAAUACUCAGAGGCAGUGGGGUGCUCUAUAGAUUAUCCAUGCCCUCAUUCUAUACCUACAUGACUUUGCCUGAAAGUCUGUCAGCAAGGCCCAGGAGCAGGUCCCAAGAAGCUACAUAGACUAGACGUGGAAAGAUGGGAAUGACAUCCGAGGAAGAAAACAAGAUGGAGGACAGCAACCAGCCGGCAAAGAUCGAGAUUCCAUUAGACACUGAGGCCCAGUUGCUGGCACUACAGGUAUCAGCCACAAGACGUUUGGAUCAUGUGAACAAAACAAAAGAGAAGAUCUCUAAACUUAACAAAGCAAUCAAGAAGCAGUGGAAUGAAAUCGAGCAGGUAAAAUCCCGGUGUUGGGAACUCCAGGACUCCAUUGACACCACCAAACGACUUGAGAGGAUAUCUCUGAAGGUCACUUGGAGCAAACUGUCUGAGUUGGAAAAUGACUUGGAAAAGGCUAAAGAAGACACUGCCCGGCACCUGAAGAAUUUCCGGGUGAUGAGUAACGAUAUAAAGACCCCCUACCAGAAGAAGACAGAAAGUGAGCUGCUCAGGAUGGUCAACAUUCCCCCAAUCAACAUCUAUGCAAAUCCCUAUGCUGAGGCCUUAGCAGCAUUAGAGUUGGAGGCCGGUGUUGGAUCUGAGACCUCUCCAGAAAUAACAAAUGUCAAUGCUAGCUCUAACAGUGAAAAUGUAGUUAAGGAUAUGGAUGCCUUGGAGAUAAACAUGAGCGACUUUGAGAUAGGAGGAGCAGAGAAAGGCCAGGGGGAGAGUCUGUCUACUUCACAAGAGCAAUCAGAAUCAAGGGCUGAUGACAUCCUCGUGAUCAGUGAACUGAGUGACGAUGACUCCGAGACCAGAAUCAGCAAUAGCUCUUCAAAAGUCGAAACUAGUGAGAAUGACUCAGAAUAUGAAAUUAGUGAAAGCUCUUUCAGAGUCAAAAGCAGUGAGAGUGACUCAGAAGCUAGAGUCAGUGAGAACAAGAGUCUCUUUGGAGUGAAAAUCAAGGGAAAAAACUCAGGAGUUAAAAGCAGUAAGAGUUCCCUAGAAGCUGAACGCCUUCAGAGUCCCCUAGCAGUUAAAAGCACCAGGGGUAAUUCAACAAAACGCAACUUGGGAAUCAAAAUCAGCAGGAACCCUCCGGGUGUCAAAAUUAAUAAGAGUGACUCAGGUCUCAAAAACAAGAAUGGCCCCCCAGGAGGCAGAUACAAUGAGAACCCUUUGAGAACCAAAAUCAAUAGGAGCUCCUCUGAAGGUAAACAAAGUGAUGGCCCCUCAAGAGUCAAAAUCAGUAGGGUUCCUUCAAGAAACAAAAUCAGUGAGAAAGCGUUGGAAGUCAAAAGGAGUGGCAGUGACUUGGGAGUCAAGAGCAGUAAGGGCCCCUCAGGAGUCAAAUCCAGCAAGAAUCCACCAGGGGUCAAACAUUUUGGGAACUCUGCAGUAGUCAAGACUGGUGGGAACCCUUCAAGGGCUAAACAUGGUGGGAACCCUCUAGAAGCCAAACAAAAUGGAGGUCUCUCAGGAAUCAAAAGAAGUGAGAGUCCCUUGGGAGUCACAAAAAUUGGGAGUCCUAUGGUGGUCAAAGCUGGCGGAAGCCCCAUCAGAGUCAAACCAAGAGAGAAUGUCCCAAGAGUCAGAGAGAGCGGGAAUCCCUUGAAAGGCAGACAAAGCGAGUGCCCUCCAGGAGUCAAACACAGAGAGAGAGUCUCAAGAGUCAAAAGAAAUGAAAAUUCCUCAGGACCCAAACUCAGAGAGAGGCCCUCAAAGUUUAAGGUUAAUGGGAGCCCCUCAGGAGUCAAAAUCACUGAGAUUCCCUCAGGAGUCAAAAUGAACAAGAACCCUGCUAGAGUCAAAGGAGGUGGAAGCCUUCCAGGAGUCAAAAGUCAGGACAGCUCUUUGAGGGGCAAAUCUGAAGUCAAAGUCAAUGGGAGUGACUCAGGUACCAAACUUAGUGGCAGCUCCUUGGAGGUCAACACUACGGCCAAGCCUAACCAGAAUAGUACCAUGGGCCCGAGGGUACAAAAGACACAUUCAAAAUAAGAGAGGACAAAGCAUAAAUCCCUCGUCUCUGUUAAAAAAAAAGUCAUUCUUUGUGACUUUCAUCAGAUCCUUUCCUUUUGACAGUUGUUUGGUCAUUUCAACUGAAGUCAGGUAAGAAUCUCCUCUAUAUUCACCAAAUCACUUUAUCUCUUGUCCUGUCACCACAGAGGAUAGCAUGACUCCCAUCAUUCUCCAAGAGUCAGCUCCCCUUUUCUUAGUUCUUCUCAGAGAAGACUCCUUAGUGCCCUGGCCUCAGAAUCCUUGUUGCUAAGAUGUUCAGCUUCCUAACUAGCCUCAACUCCUCCCCUUCUAGUGCAAAAUCUUCUUUUUAAGGAGUAGACACAGGAUCUCCCUCUCUCUCUCUCUCUCUCUCUCUCUCUCUCUCUCUCUCUCUCACACACACACACACACACACACACACACACGCACCUCUCUCCCUCAGUCUCUCAAUAUUUCAAUCACAAUUUCUCUCCCCUCCCCUCCCCUCUCUCUCCUCUCUCCUCUCUCCUCUCCUCUCCUCUCUUCUCCUCUCCUCUCCUCUCCUCUUUCUUUCUCUCUCCCUUUACUUGAAGACUGCUUGUUGUUCAUUUCCCCCCUCAACGUUUUCUUUGACCCGGACAUUACCAGUUCCUUCAGUUUUUUCAUGUAGCCCAUUUCUCAGAACACUGCCUCAUCUGGCUAUGGCAUUAUCAGAAAUAUCAGCCUUGGAACUACAAAAGAAGUAUCUUUUAAGAAGCUGUUUCUCUUUGUCUUUCCCUCAGCUCCACAUUCUUUCACUGCCCUCCCCCAAGAAUAAAAAGGGCUUGUCUAUACCGGGGUUGAACUAUUCAUCACAGUUAUCAAUUAAAGGAGAAAAGUCAUGGAUAAUUUAAAAAAGAAAGAAAAAAGCAAAAGAUUGAUCACCAAAUAAAUAAAAACUUUUAAUGAU